CAAGAAAGAACAAGAAAGAACAGAGUAUAGUAGUAGUAUACAACGGUCAUCUCCUCAUCUCUUUCUCUCUCCUAGGGUUCACUACCCGAUCCACGACCCGAUUGAGUGGCGAGGGUGUAGCCAUGGUACCGCACCUGCCCCCUAAUAAUAACUACUUUGUGGAUUCAUUGGUUCAUCCAUGUUACAAUUGGAAUCUACUCGUAAUAAAUUAAGGGAUUCAUUCAUUCAUUCAUAAAGAGGUGAGAUGAUGUGCUGCUGAUUUCUUCUAUAUGGACAACAAGGCUCUCAAACUUCAAACCAGGGAAUGUAGUUUGCUGCUGCUUCUUCUUCGUCUUCUAAGUUAUGAAGAGGUUUCCUUUCUCCCUUUCAAUAUAUUCUUCAUCUUUCAUAUUUCACAUUUCCACGCGCAACUUCGGUUCCGCCCGAUGCUUUCCUGAUUAUUCUCCUAGAAAACCUACCAUCAAAGAUUCCCAACUUGUCUAUAACAUUUCCACCUCCAUUAAGCAACGCCGCAGGAGUCAACCUAUUCAACAAAUUCUCAAGCCAUUCGAAUCCGCCUUUAGACCUCAACACUUUAUUUGGCUUCUCAUGGACCUCAAGACUGACUACACCUUGGUUUUCAAUCUCUUUCAAUGGUUUUGCUUACGGACACUUCCGUCCCUCGAGGCUCGUUGCAUUAUUAUUCAUAUUUCUGUUGCUGCAAACAACCCACAAUUGGCUCAUCGUCUGAUACAUGACUUUUGGUCUAAACCUAAUGUAGAUGCCACUCUCCCGUUUGCUCUUUUCACUGAAAAGUUGAUAUACACUUACAAGGAGUGGGGUUCUAAGCCCCAAGUCUUUGAUAUCUUCUUUCAAGUCCUCGUGGAACUUGGAAUUUUUGAUGGAGCCAAAAACUUAUUCUAUAAGAUGUUAAACUACGGGGUGGUAAUUUCUCUACAUUCAUGCAAUUUUUUUCUCUCCCAGCUAUCACUAAACGUCCAUGACUGUAGGACUACACCACACAUAUUUACUGAAUUCUUUAAACAGGGUGUCAAAUGGGACACCACGGCACAUAAUAUAAUGAUUCAUUUCUUUUGUCAAAUGGGCAAAGUGAAAGAAGCUCACAACUUGCUCAUUCAAAUGGAGUUGCGGGGCUACAUGCCUGAUGCUGUUAGUUAUAGCACUAUGAUCAACGGGUACUGUCAGAUUGGAGAGUAUCAUGUAGUUCUAACACUUAUUGAAGAAAUGCGAAUCAAAGGAUUGAAGCCGAACAUGUUUACUCUUAACAGUGCAGUUUUCCUUUUAUGUAAGAUUGGUAAAUUAGCAGACGCAGAGAAGGUUCUCAGGGAGAUGAUAUACCAGAAAUUAGUCCCUGAUAAGGUUGUGUAUACAACCCUAAUUGACGGUUUCUGCAAAGCUGGAAAUGUCGUUGCUGCAUAUAGACUGCUUGAGGAGAUGCAUAGUAAGAACGUUUUUCCUGAUCUCGUAACAUAUACUGCUCUUAUAUCUGGUAUCUUUAGAACAGGAAAUAUAUCGGGGGCACACAAUCUCUUUCUUGAAUUGCGUGGUAGAGAUAUGGAACCAGAUGAAAUUACUUAUACAGUACUAAUUGAUGGUUAUUGCAAAGGAGGUCAGAUUAAAGAGGCAUUUUCUUUUCAUAACCAGAUGAUUCGGAUGGGUCUGACACCCAAUGUUGUCACUUAUACUGCCCUGGUUGAUGGUUUAUGCAAAGAAGGAGAGAUAGAUACAGCAAACGAACUUCUACAAGAAAUGUGUGCGAAGGGUCUUGAAUUGAAUAUAUAUACGUAUAAUACUCUUGUUAAUGGUAUUUGUAAAGUUGGAAAUAUUGUACAAGCAAUGAAGCUAGUCGAAGAUAUGGAGAUGGCAGGCAUAUGUGCUGAUACUUUUACAUAUACAACUUUAAUGGAUGCUUAUUGCAAGGCUGGAGACAUGGCUACGGCUCAUGAGCUGCUGCAGAAAAUGUUGGAUAAAGGGCUUCAGCCUACAGUCGUUACUUUCAAUGUUUUGAUGAAUGGAUUCUGUAUGUCAGGGAUGCUAGAAGAUGGCAAGAGGCUACUUAAAUGGAUGAUGGAAAAAGGUAUCAUGCCUAAUGCCACCACCUACAAUUCACUUAUGAAGCAGUACUGUGUUCGAAAUGAUAUGCACAAGGCAACUGAAAUCUAUAAAGGGAUGUUAGGCGAAGGUCUUUCUCCGAAUGGCAACACCUACAACAUACUGCUAAGAGGCCACUGCAAAGCAAGAAAUAUGAAAGAGGCAUGGUAUUUGCAUAAAGAGAUGGUAGAGAAGGGUUAUGAUCUUACAGUAGAUGCUUAUAAUGCUCUCAUUAAGGGUUUCAUUAAGAGGAAAAAAUAUAUGGACGCCAAAAAUCUGUUUGAGGAAAUGAGGAGAAAAGGUUUAGUUGCAGAUACAGAUUUACACAAUUUCUUUAUGGAUAUGAACUAUCAUGAAGGGAAUCUGGAUUCGACGCUUGAGCUGUGUGAUGAAGUGAUAGAGAAAAGUAUUCUAGAUAAGACUGCUGACUGAACAACGUGGUUUGGCAUUCCUGAUUCUUAGCUUUGUGUUGCAGGUUGAAAGUCUAAGGUUUUUGAUUUUCUAACAAAGGAAUCCCAUGCCUGGUAUAUUCCUUGUAUAUAUAGGCUACUUAUGAUCUUACGGAGUAUGAUUGAGUGAUAUUGUUAUGGUGCCUAGUGUUUGUUUCUGUAAAUGUGAACAACUGAAUUCGCAAUGUCAAGAUAAUUGAUACUGUUAGUAUUAGUAAAAUCAUUUCUAACGGUUAC